AUGCUUUACGCCGGAUUCUACAACCUCAAGGAGGCCGACAACAAGGCUCAGAAGUCGGCCCAAUCAUCUCGCCGUGCCUCGGAAGAGUCCAACACCAGCACGGCAUCGCAAUCCAAAGUCAAGAAAUUCCUCAAGCGUGCCCUUGAAGAGCUCAAGCCUCUACCAGAAGACCAACUCGUUCAACCUGUGGGGUUCUUCCAGCCCAUCAUUGAGCGCGGACCUCUCUUCCACUCCCGCAAGUCUUCGAUCAAGACCAACAACUAG